AUGUUGGUCUUAUUCGAAACACCUGCAGGCUUUGCACUCUUUAAGGUUUUGGAUGAAUCCAAACUUUCAAGCAAAGAUCUCCACAAGCAUUUCGCUACUGCUGAUUCUGCUUCAAAGAUCGUAUCAUUAAAGAAGUUUUACAAGUUUGAUGAUACUUUGGCUGCUCUUGAAGCUGCCAAUGAUAUUGCUGAAUCCAAGGUCCCAGAAUCACUCCAAUCCUUUUUGGAAAAGAAUAUCAUUCAAGAAAAGUUAAACGACAAGCUCAUUGUUUCAGAUAACAAGUUUGGUAGUGCUAUCAAAGAAGCAUUAAAGUUAAACGUAAUGUGUGAUGAUACUACACAAGAAUUGGUUAGAGGAAUUCGUGGUCAAAUCAAUUCAUUGGUUACUGGUUUGUCACAAGCAGACAUGAACCAAAUGUCUAUUGGUCUUUCUCAUUCAUACUCUCGUUACAAGAUCAAGUUCUCACCAGACAAAGUUGAUACUAUGAUUGUUCAUGCCAUCUCACUUUUGGACGAACUCCAAUCCGAAUUGAAUAUCUAUGCCAUGAGAGCCCGUGAAUGGUACGGCUGGCAUUUCCCAGAGCUCGGUAAGAUCAUCGAUGCUCACUCGCAAUACGCCAACAUCAUCUUAAAGAUGGGUAACCGUAAGAACGCCGCCGAUACCGAUCUCUCUGAGAUUAUUCCAGAGACCCUCGUCCCAGCCGUCCAAGAAGCUGCCCAAAUCUCCAUGGGUACCGACAUUUCAGAGGAAGAUCUCGAGCACAUCCAAUCAUUGUGCGAGCAAUACGUCUCGAUCGACCAAUACAGAACCGAGUUGAACGACUACUUGUUCAGCAGAAUGAACGCCAUUGCACCAAACCUCACCGUUUUGGUUGGUGAACUCAUUGGUGCCCGUCUCAUCUGUCGUGCCGGUUCACUCAUGUCCUUGGCCAAGUACCCAGCCUCCACCAUUCAAAUUCUCGGUGCCGAAAAGGCUCUCUUCCGUGCCAUGAAGGCCAAGAGCAACACCCCCAAGUACGGUCUCAUCUACAAUGCCGAAGUCGUCAACAAGGCCACCAACAAGAACAAGGGUAAGAUGUCUCGUGUCCUCGCUGCCAAGGCUGCCCUCUCUGCUCGUUUCGACGCCCUCUGCGAAACCUCUGACAAGUCAUACGGUAUCACCUACCUCAGUCAAGUCCAAAGACGUGCCAACGAAGUUGAAAACAACAUUGUCCGUAAGUUCUCCAAGAACACCAACAAUGUCAACAGAACCGUCAACCAAGACAAGUACGACAAGAACAAAACCAACAAUGCUCAAAAGGAAGGAAACGGUCACUCCAAUGGCUCUCAUGUCAACAUGGAAGAACCACCUGUCCCAAUGCAAGUCGAGGUAGAGGAAGAGAAACCAGCCAAGGAAGAAAAGAAGAGAUCCAGAGACGUCGAAGAAGAAGACGAAGCUGAAGAAAAGAGAGACAAGAAAAAGGAUAAAAAGGAAGAAAAGAAGGAAGACAAAAAGGAAAAGAAAUCCAAGUCUGAGGACAAGGAAGAAAAGAAGGAAAAGAAGUCCAAGUCUGAAGACAAGGAGGAAAAGAAGGAAAAGAAGGAAAAGAAAUCAAAGUCUGACGACAAGGAGGAAAAGAAGGAAAAGAAAUCAUCAAAGUCUGACGACAAGGAAGAAAAGAAGUCCAAGAAAUCAUCAAAGUCUGACGAUAAGGAAGACAAGAAGGAAAAGAAGGAAAAGAAAUCAAAGUCUGACGACAAGGAGGAAAAGAAGGAAAAGAAAUCUUCCUCUUCAAAGAAGGAAAAAUCUGAAGACAAAAAGGAAAAGAAGGAAAAGAAGAGCAAAUAA